AUGUUUGUUUCACUCAUUGAAAUAUCAUUGCCAUUGAAUAAAAUUGAUGGAACAAUUGGUGAUGGAAUUGUGAAUCUUGCAAAUCUCACAGUUUUGGAGCUUUACCCCAAUCAGUUGACAGGUUCUAUUCCUAAGGAUAUUGGUAAGCUUUUGAAAUUGGAAAAAUUGCUUCUUCAUGUCAACAAUUUGACUGGUACGAUUCCGCCAGCUAUCACCCUCCGUUUCCGCGGAAUCUUAUACCGUGAGCGUCAUCCACGAUUUCUUUUUUCCGUGAUUUAUUUUCACGCGUUGCACUUCUCGCUUGUGGUUCAUUGCGCUUUAUUCGCUGCUGGGAGUAUUAUCUUACAUCUGGUUUUUUUUGACGCUGUCGGCUCGUGA